CUCUAGCUUUUUCUACCACCAGAGUUGCUAUAUAUAGCCCCCUCUAUCUCUCCUUGAGAUUAUCAAAUUCAGUUGCUUGCUUCUCUCUGUGGGCUAUAUAGCUGGGAAGUUUCAGCGCAGAGACAAAUGGGGGAGAACGUUGCCACCAAGAACCAUCACCAGCUACACCACCAAGCUUCUGGUCUCUCCAUAGACAUGAUUCCUCAAGGUGGUUCGAAAUGUUUUGAUGACGAUGGUCGUCUCAAGCGAACAGGAACUGUAUGGACUGCAAGUGCCCAUAUCAUAACAGCUGUGAUAGGCUCUGGUGUUCUAUCUUUGGCAUGGGCUAUAGCUCAGUUGGGGUGGAUUGCUGGUCCUGCUGUGAUGUUCCUCUUCUCCUUUGUGAUUUACUAUACUUCGUCCCUCCUCGCCGAUUGUUACAGGUCGGGUGAUCAAGAUUCGGGCAAACGAAACUACACUUAUAUGGAUGCUGUUCGAUCCAACCUCGGUGGAGUUAAGGUCAAGAUUUGUGGUUUAAUUCAGUACCUGAACCUUUUUGGUGUCGCUAUCGGAUACACUAUAGCAGCAUCUAUAAGCAUGACGGCUAUUAAGAGGUCUAAUUGCUUCCAUGAGGAAGGAGAUAAUAGCUCAUGUCACAUAUCAAGCAACCCAUACAUGAUCAUAUUUGGAGUUACUGAGAUUCUCUUCUCCCAGAUCCCAGACUUUGAUCAGAUAUGGUGGCUCUCCAUUGUUGCAGCUGUUAUGUCCUUCACUUACUCUACAAUUGGUCUUGGACUUGGAAUUGCUCAAGUUGCAGUGCAUAAGAAAUUCAAGGGAAGUCUCACCGGAAUAAGCAUCGGCGCAGUCACUGAGACUCAGAAGAUAUGGAGAAGUUUCCAAGCUCUGGGAGACAUCGCCUUCGCUUACUCUUACUCUAUCAUCCUCAUUGAAAUCCAAGACACAGUCAAAUCUCCACCAUCGGAAGCAAAGACAAUGAAGAAAGCAACCCUUUUGAGCGUUGCAGUGACGACUUUGUUCUACAUGCUCUGUGGCUGCAUGGGUUACGCAGCAUUCGGUGACUUCGCACCUGGAAACCUCCUCACAGGUUUCGGAUUCUACAACCCAUUUUGGCUUCUGGACAUCGCUAAUGCCGCCAUUGUAAUCCACUUGGUUGGAGCUUACCAAGUUUAUUGCCAACCCCUGUUCGCAUUCAUCGAGAAAUGGGUAGCAAACAGGUGGCCCGAGAGCAAAUUCAUCACAAAAGAUAUCAAAGUACCAAUUCCAGGCUACAGACCUUACAAUCUAAACCUCUUCAGACUGAUAUGGAGGACUCUGUUCGUCAUCUUAACCACAAUCAUUUCUAUGCUUCUUCCCUUCUUCAAUGACGUAGUUGGGAUCCUUGGAGCUUUUGGGUUUUGGCCACUCACAGUAUACUUCCCAAUUGAGAUGUAUGUGUCUCACAAGAAGAUACCCAAAUGGAGUUCUCAAUGGAUUUGUCUGCAAAUCCUUAGCUUUGCUUGUCUCGUCGUCUCCAUUGCUGCUGCUGCUGGUUCAAUUGCAGGGGUUGUGACGGAUCUCAAGGUGUACAAGCCAUUCAAGACCACUUAUUAAUCUCAACUUCAAAGGCAAGAAUUAGAGAAAUUCUAAACUUGUUCGAAUCCAUCACUGCUGCUACUGUCCAUAAACAUCCUAAAAGUGGUGGUGAUUUUCCUUGGAAUUUUUACUUUUUUUUUUUUUUUUUUCUGUUGUAUUACCGUGUACGAUUCAACAAAUGAGAAGAGCCCGGAACCUUGUUUGGUUGCGUGGAAUUCAAAGAAUGAAAAUCUCUCUUUAGGAUUAUAAACUGCAAGAAAAUCAAUUUCUCUUUUUCGGUUUAAA